UUUUACAUCCUGUUUUGAUCUCCUUUAUCUGCUCUUUUUUUAUUAUUUCUCCCACUCUUUAUCUCCUCCACAUAUUUUCUCUCUCCCUCUUUCCCCGACCACACACAUCCAACCCUCCCACUUAUCCACGGAUAUCACAUCGACCUAACUUACUCCGAGCCACACCACAGUCUAUCAAAACAAGACCCAAACCUCACUGCAAAAGAUGCCCAUGACCUGGAACAACACGGCAGAUGCCAAGCUUCUUCUAGCCAUCCUAAAAACUGCAAACGUGAAACCCGACUACGACCGCAUCGCCCAGUAUCUGGGUCCAGAGUGUACACCCAUCGCAGCCCAACGCCGGAUCCAACGUCUCAAAGAACGCGCCUGCCUGGAACCCACCACCGCCGACGGCCAUCCCGCCCUUCCCUCGACUCCUACCCGGGAUGGCGCCGGUGCCGUGGGCCCUGCCUCCGCUCAGGGCACCCCCGCUUCUGUGCCGAGGAAGAGAGGAAGACCUCGCAAGAUCAAGGAGGAGGGUGGCGCUGAUCCUGAGGCUCCGGCGACUCCGAAGAAGAGAGGCGGCGCUAAACAGGCCAAGUCUAAGCAGAUGGAAGAAGACGAUCCGCGUUCGAAGGCUGAGGGUGCUGAUGAUGGAUCUCAGCCCGUCUAUCAGAGUAUCGAAGAUGCUUACCUCAUGGAAAGAGUGUGA